CCUCACUACCACCACCAGCAGCACUCCCACCACCGCGGUCACAGCAGCUCAUGCGUCCGCCUGCUCCGGGGUAGACGUCCGUCCGUCCGUCCGUCCGUCCACCAGGGGAACAUGCUAGAAAACGGGAGGAAGGUGUUCAAGGAGGGUCUGCUGGAGAAGCGAAGCGACGGGCUGCUGCAGCUCUGGAAGAAGAAGCACUGCGUCCUGACCGAGGACGGCGUGCUGCUGCUGCCGCCCAAGCAGCACGACCAGCCGCAGCAGCAGCGCGGCGGCGGCGGCGUGGGAGGCGUGGGGGGGGACACGGGCAAAGUCAAGGAGCUGCACUUCGCCAACAUGAAGACGGUGGACUGCGUGGAACGGAAGGGCAAGUACGUCUACUUCACGGUGGUCACGCUGGAAGGGAAGGAGAUCGACUUCAGGUGCCCGCAGGACGAGGGCUGGAACGCGGAGAUCACCCUGCAGAUGGUCCAGUACAAGAACCGGCAGGCGAUCCUGGCCGUCAAGUCCACCCGGCAGAAGCAGCAGCUGCUGGUGGUGCAGAUGCCGGGCCAGAAGACGGUCCGCAGCUCGCCAAACGUCGCGUGACCUCCGGCGGGUCCCGCGGACAUCGGUGCACCAUUGUUAGCGGUUAUUGGACACUCAGCUGGAGGAUGACUCCCCCCCAUUCCGCUCCACCACAGACCUCCACUCUGCCACACAGACCAGCUUCCCCUUUUCAAUACAGAGACUUAUUUCACAAAAGACUGAUGGAC